GUGAAGGGUGACGGGGGCGGCGGGACCGGCGACGGCGCGUGUGUGUGUAGCGGCCCAGGGAUGGGGCGAUUCCCGACCGCGAAGCCGGCAGCCCCGGCGCGCAGGAAGCCCCAGCAGCGGCGGGACAGCCAACCCAAGAAGAGCAAUAUGAAGCCCCAAAAUACUGAUGAGCAGGAGAUUCCGUACAAACUCCGUGAAAUAAUGAGAAGUAAAGAGAAUAUGAAGAAAAAGACCAAAAGAAAGAAGACAAAAGAAGCAAAACAAAAUAGAAAGCCUACUUCAGGAGACUCCGAUUCCUUUGGGGCUAUACCAGUUCCGAAGUUUAAGAGGAAGAAGAGGGAAUCGGUGAAAGAUUUUAUUCAGCGGAUGGAGCAGGAGACGAAGCAUGUAAUGUUCAUGAGCAACCAGCAGCUGCCACGCUAUCCUGAGAUGGAGGACACGGAGAAGAAAGAAGAAGGAGAAGGACCAGUGAACACAAAGUCUGAGAAAAAGAAGGAAUCCGAUAAAAAAAGGUUGAGAAGGCUCAUUGGUAAGAAAAUCGAAAGAAAGGAGAUGAAACUGGAGAAAGAAAUGUUUACAGACGUAGUAGCAUUUGGAGAAGUGGCCAUGCAACCACCCACCCUCACCGCUCAACCCAGGAAGAGCCAGGCGACCAAUAUGCCUGGUCGCCGACAGUUGCUUCUGAAAUCUCUGAUUGGGGAGGACAAGUGUGGCACAGAACGGACAAAGGAGACCACCCGAAAUGUUAACUUGCCCACUAUGUCCAUGGCUCGCCAGAGGAUCAUGUUGGAGGAGCGGGAGAGAGUCAUUAAGGCCUAUAGAGCUCUGAAGAAACAGAAGCUGCAAGCUCUGACACAGAGUUAGAUCAGCAUGGACAAUGCGAAGAUGGCGGCACGGUGGCGCAGCGGUAGACUUGCUGCCUUACAGUGCUUGCAGUGCCAGAGACCCGGGUUUGAUCCCGACCAGGGGUGCUACCUUAACGGAGUUUGUACGUUCUCCCCGUGACCGAGAUCUUCGGUUUUCUCCCACACUCACAAAGACGUACCGUUUGUAGGUUGAUUGGCUUUGUAUAAACCUAAAUUGUAGGAUAGUGUUAAUAUGCGGGGAUCACUGGUCGGUGCGGACUCGGUGGGCCAAAGGGCCUGUUUUCGCGGUGUAACUCUAAAUUAAACUAAACUAAAAAGAUUCGUAGGAAGGAACUGCAGAUGCUGGUUAAACAUAACCUAAACUAAACAGUUAAAAUGCACCAAAACUGCUGGAGUAACUCAGCAGGACAGGCAGCAUCGCUGGAGAGAAGGAAUGGGUGAUGUUUCGGGUCGAGACCCUUUUUUUCAGACGACGAGACAAAAGAUGCUGAAUCAACAGGAUUCAGUAAGACACCAAUCUUCCCAGCUAAUGAUUCUCAAAAUGGUGGCAGCGGGGAAGGAGGCCAUUUUAUGAGAACAAUCCAGCGAAUUCCACUCCCGAAUGGCUGCUGAUCUUUUAUUUAAUGAGUGGCACCAUUUUGAUAUAUUAAAGAAUUAUUUAUCAUUUGGUAGGAGCUUAUACAUUUCCAGCUAUAAAGUAGUCUAUUGUCAUACAUCCCAAAUAAUGAAAUUCUUACUUGCAAUAGCAGCACAACAGGUAUAUAAACACAGUACCCAAUAGAUAAUAUAAUAAACAAAUGAUCAAUAAAUAAAACAAAUCUAAUAUACGCAAAAACAAAGCCCAAAUCGCUAGUGCAACCCAGACUUUAGUUGGAGUUUGUUGUGCUCAAUAGCCUGAUGAUUGUUGGAAAGAAGCUGUUCCUGAACCUGGAUGUUACAGUUCUCAGACUCCUUUACUUCCCGAUGGCAGGAGUGAAAUACCUUCAUCCCGAUGGCAGGAAUGAAAAAGGAUGGUAGUACAUUCAACUUGUGGAACCAUGGAUUUAUACUUGUAAUUCUCUGUAUGUCUGGCUGCCUGAAAAAAAAGCUCUUCGUUUGGAAAUCGCAAUCGACCUUGGUUAUAACUUUGAAUCUAAGAUGCCUUCACGAUGAUAGUUUACUUAGUUUAGUAAUACAGCACAGAAACAGGCCAUUCAGCCCACAAAGUCCGCGCCGACCAGCGAUUCCCGCACACUUACACUUAUCCUACACACACUAGGGACAAUUUACAAUUAUACCAAGUCAUUUAACCUACAAACCUGAACGUCUUUGAAGUAUGGGAGGAAACCGGAGAUCCCGGAGAAAAACCAACCAGGUCAAGGGGAGAAAGUACAAACUCCGUACAGUCAGCACUUGUUGUCAGGAUCGAACCCGGGUCUCUGACACUUUAAGGCAGCAACUGUACCGCUGCGCCAUCUUAUAUUUGGCUUAUUAUUUUAAACUUGUUGCGUUUAAAAAUGUUUCGCUCAUUUAAAGAUAUCAAGUCUGCGUGUGGACCAAUAGAGGAGGAAAGUGUUGAGAUAUGCCAACGACCAUUGAAUCAAUUAGUAGUUUGGCCUAAUAAAAUCCAAUGCAAAAUCCAAGAUGUGAUCCAACAUAGUUAUUAGCAGCAAAAGAGACAAAGUGCUGGAGUAUCGAGUUACAUUUAGCUCUUAAGAAUAACAGAAUCAAGGGAUAAGGGGAAAAAGCAGGAACGAGGUACUGAUUUUGGAUGAUCAGCCAUGAUCAUAUUGAAUGACGGUGCUGGCUCGAAGGACCAAAUGGCCUUCUCCACCUAUUUUCUAUGUUUCUACCUCAGCAGGUCAGUCAGCAUCCAGCAGCGGAGUAGGGUCCUGACCCGAAACGUCACCUAUUUAUAUCCUCCAGAGAUGCUGCCAGGCCCACUGAAUUGCUCCAGCACUUUGUGGUUUUUAGACAAUAGGUGCGAGAGUAUGCCAUUCGGCCCUUCGAGCCAGCACCGCCAUUUACUGUGAUCAUGGCUGAUCAUCCACAAUCAGUACCCCAUUGCUGCCUUCUCCCCAUACCCCUUGACUCCGCUAUCUUCAAGAGCUCUAUCUAACUCUUAUGAAAGCAUCCACAGAAUCUGCCUCCACUGCCUUCUGAGGCAGAGAAUUCCACAGAUUUACAACUGGGCGGAAAAGUUUUUCCUCAUCUCCAUUCUAAAUGGCCUACCCCUUAUUCUUAAACUGAGGCCCCUGGUUCUGGACUCUCCCAACAUCGGGAACAUGUUUCCUGCCUCCAACGUGGUCACUCCCUUAAUAAUCUUAUGUUUCAAUAAGAUCCCUUCUCAUCCUUCUAAAUUCCAGUGUAUACAAGCCCAGUUGCUCCAUUCUUUCAACAUAUGACAGUCCCGCCAUCCCAGGAAUUAACCUCGUUUUUUUUGCUCAAGAUUCCAGCAUUUGCAGUUCUUCAUGUCCAGAUAUUUGCAAACCUACUCUGUCUACUGCUGAGCUGUUUACCCUCAUUUCCCUAGCACAGUUAUCGGUUGAGUUCUGACUAUUAUGCAGCUUUCUGGAAGCGUUUUGUUGAUCAUUCAUGUUUUAAGAAGGUUUUGUCUGUUAUUUGCUUGACUUGUUUUUUUUUAUGAGAUAGCAGCUAUUUGUAAUAGCUUCCAGUGAAAGCAUGUGAAUGGGGAUACAAAUUUAUCUCGUAAAGUAUGUUGGUGCCUGGCUAAUAACUCUGAAGUAAAUGAUUUAUGUUUUGAUAACCAGCAGCCAUCUAUAAAUCUAGUUUUACAUCAUGUGCUGCAGCAUGAUUUACAUUGCAAACUCUUUCACACCAGACUUCCAAUGUAGAAGACCUCAAAUUACGAGCUACCCUGACAAUAAAUAUUGAAAGAUUUUGCGAGAA